AUGAAGCUUAUACAAAAAGUUAAUCCAACAUGUAUCCAAUCAAUUGAGAAGCCACUUGAAAAGUUAAAAAUAUCUAUCAAUACCACAUUUAGUCUCAACAAAAAAGAAGAGCAAGCAAAGAGUCAGUAUGAAGAAAAUUUUGGUUUCCAAGAAUGGGUUUUUCGUGAAGCUUUAAAACAAAAACUUCAGGAUCAAACCUCCACAAUGACAGUAUCAAGUGAUGAAUCUGAAAUUGAAGUUUUGAUGAAACAAAUAAGAAAAAAGAAAAUGCAGGUUGUACCAAGCAAUGAAAUCUUGAAACAAAUGAGUAAACAACAAAAAGGGGAAGAACCUGCAGUGAUGACAGUAUUAAGCGAUGAAUCAGAAAUUGAAAUCUUGAAACAAACGAGCAAACAACAAAAAGAGAAAGAUCUUGCAGUACCGAUCGAUGAAUCGGAAAUUGAAAUCUUAAAACAAACGAGCAAAAAAUGA